CGUUUAGGUUUAAGUGUAUAUAGUCUUUGUUAGGUUCUUUCGAUUUUUGAGUUGGUACCGUUAAUUUUUUUUGAUUCGACGCCUAGAGUGUUUUUGAUGCGGUAGCAUAUAAAUCCAAUUGUACGAUUGCCGUUAAAUAAAACCGGUAAAAUGUCCACCACAUCACAAAAACAUCGUAAUUUUGUCGCCGAACCUAUGGGAGACAAACCAGUGACGGAUCUAGCAGGCGUUGGCGGUGUAUUGGGAGAAAGAUUGGUAACUGCCGGAUUCGACAAGGCGUACGUGGUUCUCGGUCAGUUUUUAGUGUUGAAGAAAAAUCAGGAAUUAUUCAAGGAAUGGAUGAAGGACACGUGUCAGGCGAAUUCCAAACAGUCAUCGGAUUGCUGGCAAUGUUUGAAUGACUGGUGUGAAGAGUUCUUGUAAAUAAUGUUACCGCCUGGAUAUUACUCUAAUAGGUUAAGAUAUCUAAUAAAUAAUUUUAAUAUCACUUUUGUACAGUGGAGAGUAAAAUUUAUAUUUAA